AUGGUCCAAAUUUCUAAAAAACGUGUUCGUAGAAACACAGUUGUUUUAGAUAGUGCCUCAACCUCGGUUAUAACUGCAUUACCACCCUGUAAUACAGCAUUAACUACUAGCUCACAAAAUGGCUUGAGUGCAAUUCUCACUCCUGUGAUACAGAUGAAAGAUGUUCUCUUAGAGAACUCUGAGAUCUGUAAAUUAGACCUCCUUGUGAAAGAUAUCCAAAGGCAAGUAAAUGAACUUCAGAAAAAGUUAGGUCAGUUUGAUAGAAUGUCACUGCCAUUGUCAAAUAUCACGGAGAGCAGUUCUGAUAUUGGCCAGGUUAAGUCUUUACUGGAUGUAACUCAAAGCAAGCUUUCGGAUUUAGACCCAAUAGCCUGUAUGUUAAGAAAGCAUCCUAAAAUGUCUCCAGACACCCUAAAUAAGGCUGAAAAUAUGAUUGACUGCUUGGCUGCGGAGGUGAUGAAGCGUAUAACCUCUUCUCACCAGGCUAUAGUUUACAAUGUCCCAGAUUCUCUUCCUCUGAAGACUGUUAAACACAAAAUCCUGAUUUGUUGCGGCAUGGCCAGUGUUCCAUGUGAAUGCAAAAGACUUCGUAAAAAGUCUAACCAGGCUAACUGUCCCAUUAUUUUUAAGUUCAGUAAUCCCCUUGAUUCUAGUAAGUUUAUUAAAUGCCAGGAUCACCUAAGACUGAACAGUAGUUAUAAGUCUAUAACCAUAGCUCAAGAUAAAACACCGUGUCAGCGCAGAAUGAUGCGGAGUAAUAACCUGGUCACCUCCUCUAGCUUAGAAUUACCCAAAAACGAUCGUGCACAGCAACAGUCACCUAAUGCUGACAUUAGCAUUCAGCAGACCACACAACAACCACGUAUGGCAAUGGAACUAGGGACUGAUUUAGAUACCAGUACCCCUGUAAAUAACGUCUCACCAAAAGAUGUUAAAAUAGGUAGAACUACUGCAAGCCGUUCCAAGAAAUUCUUACCCAAACGUGGUGACCUCACCACAAUGAACAAAUUUCGCCGGGUUGAGACUAAUGAUGGGGAAGAAUACUUUGUAUUCAAUAAGCUUGCUGAGAGUAAGACUGUCAAAAAACCCUCACCUCUUACGAAAAGUUCCUCUCGAAACACAAGUAUAUCUGGUGGUUUUCAGUAUGCUCCACCUUAUAGAAAGUCAGGCCCCAAAACCCCCAGAGUCUUACAACCAAAGCACCUUCCCUUUCAAUUUCCUUUAAGUUAUAAAACCAACACGAAGGUGUGUACCGGUAUGAUGGAUAGCACGUGGAUGGGUAGACCAUUUGAUGCUAUGCUUUUUAACCGUCAACCCAGGCCCAACAUCUACUAUCCUUAUAUCCAGGAACAAAUGGUAAAUUUUCCACGUGUCCCGAAUCACUGGUACGACCCAUGGCACCUAGGACCACCUCACUGCACUCUAACCCCGAUGCACAGACACCCAGUCCAACCCCCGUAUCAUUCAUAA